AUGGAGGUCUACAUCGACGACAUGCUGGUCAAAUCCCUAGAGGCUGAAGACCACAUAUCUCACCUGCAGAAAGCCUUCUCCAUUCUCCGGAAGUACAACAUGAAGCUCAACCCAGGAAAGUGCUCAUCUGGGGUCAGUUUCGCAAACCCGGAGAAAAUCAGGGCAAUUCUUUCGAUCUCUUCCCCAAAGAACGUCAAGGAGGUCCAAAAGCUAGCAGGAAGAAUGGCAGCCUUGACCAGGUUCAUCUCCAAGCUCUCCGGUAAAUCUCACGCCUUCUGUGGAACCCUCAAAAACCCAAAGGAUUUUCACUGGACGGAAGAGUGUGAGUCCACUCUCCAUGAGCUAAAGGCAUAUCUCACCACUCGUCCUCUCCUAUCCAAGCCACUGCUCGGUGAGGUCCUGCUGCUAUAUCUAACAGUCUUGGAGGACGCUGUAAGCGCCGUCCUAGUACGCGAGGAAGGAAGCAAGCAGCUACCAAUCUACUACGCUCACCCAAUCGUGGUCGUCACCUCCUUCCCCAUAAAAUUGAUCCUCCACAAGCCUGAAGUCUCUGGACGCCUAGCGAAACGGGCUGUGGAACUAAGGGAAUACGAUGUGAUUUUUCAACCAGCCCCAGCUAUAAAAUCACAGGUCCAAACAGAUUUUGUGGCCGAAUUCUCCCCUACAUUGCUCCCAGCUCUGGAGCAAGAAGUGCGCCUCCGAAGCGAAACAAAGGAAGAGGGAGAAUGGGUCCUGCAUGUCGAUGGAUCCAACAACAUCAGAGGAGCCGGGGUAGCAAUAGUGCUUACCUCGCCGACAGGGAACACAACCUCAAGGGCCGUGAGGUGCAACUUCAAAGCGACCAACAACGAAAGUGAGUACGAGGCCUUAAUCACAGGGCUCACACUCGCCCAUCAAAUGGGGGCAGAAAACAUCCAGGUCUUCAGCAACUCCCAACUGAUAAUCAACCAGGUGCAGGGGGAAUACCAAGAAAAAGACGAUACCAUGAUCCAGUACACGGCGGUCGCCCAGCGUCUCAUUAAGAGAUUCAAGAGUUGCAAGCUCACUCAAAUCCCUAGGGAGCAGAACUCGCAAGCCCAUGCCCUGACUAAUAAUCUAGGGUCCGCCCUUGAAACAAACAGCCACAUGAGCAUCCCCCUGCUUUUGUUUCAGUGGACAGCCACCUUGGAGGAACCACAAUCCAAAGAAAUCUCCACUAUCGAGGAGGGCGUAACCUGGAUGACCCCCCUAAUCCGGUAUUUAGAGAAUGACAUUUUCCCGGAAGAUCGCAAGGAAGCCAGGAAAAUCAAGAAGCAAGCCACAAGGUAUUGUAUCUCCCAGGAGAAGCUAAACCAGAGAUCCUUCUUCGGCCCGUAUUUGAGAUGUGUCACACCUCGAGAAGCCGCAAGAAUCCUUGUAGAACUACCCAAAGGAAACUGUGGAUCCCACUCUAGCGGCAGGAGCCUGGUGCUCAGAGCCAGAAGGGCAGGCUACUAUUGGCCCACGAUGGCCGCAGACGCCAACAGGCAUGCCAAACACUGUGACCAAUGGUAG